AUGGCGCUCGAUACACCGGCCGGGGUGAAGAAUCCCUCAGCACCAAGGUUCAGCUGGGACUACGAUGUCCCUGAGAUCCCUUUCUGGUCAGACCUGAAAUACACAGCCGGUCGCAACGUCCUCCAGUGCUAUGGCGAAGAAGAGAUCCGUGCAAUGGAGCCCGAUUUCGAACGCCUGGGCACCGCUGCCAAGCAGGACAGGCUGCAAUUUCUCCUUACAAAGGUUGAGGCUACCAUCUCCGGGCGGGAAGCAGCAGCAAGCCCGGAAGGCCUUGCUACCACGGACUAUGCUCGGUGGAUGACCUUGACGCUGGCCCGCAUGACAGUUCUGUCGGAGCUUGGCAGGGAGGCCGAGCAAGAAGCCGCCAUUCAAGUCAUGAUCGACACCCCCAACCCGGCCAAGCCUGGAGAGGUUAACAUAUCAGCUGUCAAUAUGCUAGCAAACCUCAAGGAAGAGCAGGGGUUCUUUUCCGAAGCAGAAGAACUUGCCAGGAAGGUCGUGCCUUUCUUUGAUGACAAGAUGGGGCCCGACAGUCCUCCCUCGCAGGGUACCAGGAGAUGCCUCAUCCGCUGCAUUUGGAAGGCUGGAAAGCCUGAAGAAGCCAAGGCGCUGGCAGAGGAGACGAGACUGAUUAUUGAUUCCAUGGGAGAGAAGAAGAGUCAGUAUGUGAAGUACCAGGAUGACGAAAGGCAGUAUCUGGAGGAACUGAUGGCGGACCUUGAGUCCUGGAGCGCAAAAGAAAGGUGA